AUGGAAGUUCUCGCUCGGAAGGAGUGCAACCCGCGCAGCAGCUUCCGCUCGUUCAAGUCUGUCUCCCGAACAGGAGACUUACCUGUGUCGUUCCUGGAAAAAGAGUUGUUAAUCAACGACCUACUCUCCGCGUCCUCCCCGGCGUUGAACAUACUCUUCGCGACCCAGUUUCACACAACUAUCAACCCGGCCAUGCUAGACCAGGCUUUCAGAGAAUCUGUUCAGGAGUGCGAAGUCUUCCUCUCGCGCUACAAGCAAGUCCAGGGGAAAUUCAUCAGAAACCUCGUCUAUACCCCGUCUUCCCUUCGCCACUUUUCGACAAAUGAGCUAUCUAUUGACGAAUUCCUGCAUGCUGCCCGGAACUACCAGUUUGACCUCGCCAACGAACAGCCCGUACAAGCCCUUCUGUACCAGCAUUCCCCUACAGAAUCCACUCUCGUGAUCCUAAUGUCCCACCUAGUCGGCGAUGCCAUCACGAUGAAUGGGUUCCUCAACAGUCUCGCCGCCCGCUUCCACGCCAUGUCCAGACAAGAACUCACCGACCCAGGUUGCUUUUGGGCUGAUCUCCGACAUACAUACACCUACAUAGACUGGACCGCAUGGUCCACCACUCAGGAGCACGUCUCAGCGGAGGCCUUAGUCUUCUGGAAAACCUAUCUCGACCACCCGCCCCUUCAAACUGGUCUGAACCAGUCCCGUCGACCAAGGUCCUACACCGGCGGGUUUGAGUCCUGGACCCUCCCGCGCGACCUCUCCAAAUCCCUCCUCCACGCCUGCACCGACCUAUUCGUGAGCCCGCAUCAACUCAUGCUCACUGCUGUCGCGCUUGCCACGCAAGCCCUCCGACCCAGUCAGGACAUCGUCAUGAUGGCCCCGUACUCCCUACGCACGAAACCCCUGACCGAGGAUCUUGCCGGUUGUCUGCUAGACCGUGUACCAAUUCGCGUCAAGUGGGACCGAACCCAAUCGCUACUUGAGCUUCUGCGAGCUGUCCAGCAGUCCUCGCAAGCGGCAAUCGCUCACGCUGUUCCCUACCCCUCUCUGUGCAAGGGCCUGCACCUUUCCCCGACCCUCACAGAGCUCCUUGCGGAGAUCAUGUCCCCAGAUGAGCCAAUCACCGUGGUUUUCGAGCACGACGACGCAAUCCUCAGCGGUCAAGACGGCGAGGCUCUAUUGUCGGCGUUCCAGCUGGUCUUGCAAAUUAUUGGCGAUAAUCAAACAGCCCACGAAAUGGUGGAGACAGUGUGCCGUGAGGUGCGUACACCUGAGAAAAGACUCAAUGGUCUGCUGGAAGAUCAGGUGUCGGAGUCUUGUUCCGAGGGGUCGAACAAUGAGUUCCAUGAAGAAAUCGUACGGAAGGUGUUUGCCACAUGUCUUGGUGUGACGGUGGAGGAUGUGGGCUCGCAUACUUCGUUCGUUGAUGAGAUUGGGGGUUCUUCGGCUGAUGCGGUCCAUCUGGUGUGGUUGUUGAAGGAGAAAGGCGUAAUUGGAGUGGAUGUGCGGCAGGUGUUGUUGGCGAAGACGCCCGCAGCGCUCGGGAGGAUGGUGAGGUCUAUUAAAUAG